UUGGUUUUGACAUUUUACUGACAGUAGUGUAGUGUAUGGAUCUCGAUUGUUUUUAGUAUUUUUCCAUUUUAUCAUUUUAAUUUUCAAGGUUUAUUUCCUAAUGCUGUGACAAAUAUUGAGGCUCUAAGCCUCUAUUACUAUGGUUCUAAACGCCGCUGUGCAGAUGUUAAGGGAGGCAGAAGAAUUAAAACAAAAAAUAUUGAAAUUCAAGAAUGGAACAUCAAUGCUGCAGGAGCGCAGCCUGUGGUCCUCUCAGCAGCAGUUGCAAAAAGUAUAUCAAAAAGUAUUGGUGCUGGACCUUGAUUAUGCAUUGGAGAAGAAGGUUGAACAAGAUCUCUGGAAUGUGGGUUUCAAGCAGCAAAUAGAAGCUCUGCAAGCUAUAUCAAAAGAUAGAAAGAAUCCGUUACGUAGUGAUGGCCAGGCAAUGCUCUCUUGGGUGCUGCAAGCUGCAGCUGGCUUCUACUUGUGCCUACUGCAUCAGAUCUGCACGGCAUUCAAGUUAGACUUGCCAUUCAGACGGCGCGCCUCGUUGCUCGGAUUCGUGGAGGGUUGGGGCGCGGGCUCGGCGGGUUCGGAUGCGGCAGGCAGGAUGCCGGCGCCCGCGGCCGCGCGCUACAUCACCCAGCACUGUCUCGUGCACCUCGGCGACCUGGCGCGCUACCGGCAACAACUACGUGUCGCACAUACCUUCUAUAGACAUGCGCUGGUGGUGUCUGCGCACUCGGGACAGCCUUACAACCAGCUGGCGCUAGUGGCGUGGCGACGCGGACGACGGCUGGCAGCGCUCUACUGGCACGUGCGCUCGCUACUCGUGCGCGCGCCCUUCCCGCCCGCGCCCGCCAACUUGGCGCGCACGCUGCACGCCGCCGCCAGUGGUGGUCUACACCAGGAGAGCGCUCUCCCGGUGCUUCCCGGCGUGACUCCAACAGAAUGUACCGAUAAAACGUCCGUUGCCAGCGCCCGCCUCGACUCGCACGCGUACGUCAAUGAACUGAUACGCGCCAUGCAUAUGAUACACAGCGUCGAGCAACUGGACACCGCCGAGGAGGUAGUAAAAUCACUCAGUUCGUCCCUGCCAGCGCUCGUCGCCUCAGACAGCUUCGAAUCCAUGACUCUGAUUCAGAUGACAUGCGUGCUGAUAUGGCUAGUGCAGUCUGCCACCGAAGACUUCAAGAUAGACAGCUGCUCCCACAGCGAGGGCGAGGUUAGAGCGGCGCAGCUCAGCGAGUGUUUGGCCGCGUCUACCGUGUUAGCGUUGCUUCUACCCGCCUUCUCGCUGCCCACUCCGCCUAGAAGAGCUCUGCCCGCACUGAAGGUUUGGCUGCAGUGGGGCGUGAGUUGCCCGCGAGCGGCGCGCGGGUGGAACGCGGCCGGCGUGUGGCCCGCACUCGCCAGAUGCGUCAACGCCCUUAACGCACAGGACGCAAUCCAGCCGAUCGCAGUGGACACAGCGCCGUUGCCCGAAGAUGAGGAGUUGCAUGGGUUCCUGCCCAUAGAGAAGUCACUGGAGCAGCUGCAGUUCUGCAACCACGCCGCCUGGGACACUUACGGCGGCCGGCUGCCGUCGCCGCCAAAGGAACAACAUCCGCCGUCCGAGGCGUGGCCUUGCGCGUGGGAUCCGGAGCUGCAGCACCGCGUGCGAGUGUUGAGGCUCGUCAAACUGGCACAAACACUAGCGCUGGCCCGCCCCGACAUGCUGCAACACGCGGAAGAAGACGGCGUAUCGUCGUUCUCGUCGCCGGGCGGGGAGGGCGUGAUAGCGGAAGCUAUCGCUCAACUGAAGGCGUAUUCGUCCCCUCCACCUUCGCCCCGCCCCUCCCCCUCCACAUCGCCCCGCCCCCCACAGUCACCCUCGACCGAUCCGCAGUCGCCGGCGCUUCCGCUGCCGCCUGUGGUUAUCUCGGAGGCCGACUUUAGGGAGAAAGUGCGUGAGAAACGUGUGGGCAUACUCAAACCACAAGGGUCCCUGGAGAGGGCCCGCGAGGAACGCGCCAUGGCCUCCACUCAAGACGACCCGGAGCCCGCCUGCCAGGAAGCUGACAUCGCUGAGGACAGCUGCAGUAAGGGCGAGGACAAGAAGGAACUGCGCAAGCCACGCGUCAACAUCGCCAUGGCGGCCAUCAUGAGGAAGCAGGAGGAGACCAACAAACAGGUCAAGUUCGUGACGCCACCACCGACGCCAGACUCCACAGCAGACACCACAGAAAAACCUGAUCAAGACAAACCGAAAGUGAUACAACCCAAAGCUAUCAAGGGUCUCGUCGCAUUACCGCUCGGUAGAAAGACUGGCGGCAUCCUGUCCCUCAAAGACAAGUCCGCGGGCUAUCCGCACCUGGUCAACACCGACCCUGAGCCGGCUAAGAAACCUGAGAAGGAGGAGAAGAAGGACCAAAAAGCCAAUCAGCCAGGGACCAAUCAGAACUCUCAAGGCUUCCAACCGAAGCGACAAGACCAGCCCACCUCGCCCAACUGGAGUCAAAACCCACAGCCGAACACUUUCAACGACGGCCCUAGAAUGAACUUCCAGAAGAACUACGGCAUACAGAACUCGGGCAUAGCCUACAACCCCGCCCACUCUUCGCCCACAAACACUAGCAGUCAAAGCAUCCGCCUGCCCGUCGUCAAUCCCAAGGAGAUAGACGUGAGAACGGCGGCGCUACAAAAGCAAACGUCCCGUUCAGAUAUGUUCCAAGAAAACAACAAGUUCGGCGCGCACGGCUACCAAAUGUCCGGCGACAAGAAGAACUUCCUCAACGAUCUGCCGCCGCGGUUCGCCAACCAAUACCGCUACUGGCAAGCGGCACAGGACAGCCAGAUAUCCGACAACAAGUUCCGAGACGACAACUUCAAGAACAACUCGUUGUUCAACCAGUCGAGCAACUGGCGGGCGCCCCAGCAACCCCAAGAGUUCCAGCAGCCGCCCUGGUGGAAACCGAACACCACCGCUCCCCCCAAUUUCAACUCCAACUUUUCCAACAAUAUGCAACCGAACUACUAUUCGCCUCAUCUGACUUCGAACAUGCAGAAUCCGUACCAAAGCUUACCUACUUUCAAUCCAAUGCAGAAUUCCAACUUAGGGGGGCCUCAGAAGCCCGAGUUGUUGACUCAGCCUGGUUACUCGGCGAUUGGACAACCGCAACUGCAGUCUUUACAGAACAUUGUCAGCUCGCCCAAUUUCAGUUCGUCGCUAAACAACUUCGGUUCGUACGCGCCUCCUGUGGGUUAUGAUUCGUCCAUGUAUCCGCAGUUCGGCAGUAAGCUCAACUACCAGCCUAUGCAGAAGCCCCCGGCUUCCGGCUACCCUGUCUCCAAUAGUAUGAUGGACAUGGGCGGCCUUAGCUUCGGUUCUAACGUGAUGGACGCACAGAGAAACAUGAUAUUCAACGAUGGCCUUGGAGGACGAGACAUGGGUGCGAUGAAGAAUUUGGAACAGAAUGCGGUGGCAGAGGGGUUGAGCGGCGAGCCUUCUACCAACACGUACUCGUUGUUCAGCGGCGCCGCGCCUGCGCCCGGACAGCAUUUACCACAACAGUCUUUAUGGUCUGGCCCCGGGCCCUCGCCCCUGGAGCGUCUGCUGGAGCAGCAGAAGCAGAUGAAGCCGCAGUGACUGAUACAAUCUCACCAGGUGGACCAAUCGGACAUCCAGAACAAUCAUUACAAAAAAUUAUAGUAACUCGUGAUGCACCCAUUCAAAUUUUAUUAAUCUUGUAACGUGAAGUUUUUCAAACGCUACGCGGAAGUAAAGCUAUAAGGCUGUGCGAUUUAGUCAAAAGUAGACUUACUGAUAAACAGGCUACCCGCAAUGAGUCUCCAACAUUCAUCACGCAAUAAUUUAAGUGAAUGUUCAAAAUGAAUGCAGAAUAAACAUAGAUUUUUUUUAUGAAAUCUUGGUUCAACAAACUAAAUAGGGGUGAUGACGGGGUACAGUAGAUGAAAUUCUAUUUAGUCCGUCAGUUAGACGAUCAAAAAAUAAUGGACA